CUCAUCUCUAUAAAUAAGGCAUCCCAUACCAGCUCUAACUCUCACGAGAAGUUUCAUACCAUCUUCAUUAUUAAAAUCAGAGAAAUUCGCGUGAGCGUUUAUUUUCCUAGGGUUUCAAUUCCGUUCAAAGAUCCGCCUCAUUUAUAUUUCUGAAUUGUUGAAAGCCGAUUCUGAUUUUUGAGGGAUUAUUUGGUUAUAAAAUUCAAAUCUUGAUAUUCAAAGAAAUUGAUGAUCUAAUGGAGUCAAAAGGUGGGAAGAAAUCUAGUAGUAAAUCCUUAUCAUACGACGCUCCCCUAGGAUACAUCACUGAAGACGUUCGACCAAACGGUGGCAUCAAGAAGUUCAGAUCUGCUGCAUACUCUAACUGCGCUCGCAAACCAUCCUGAGAUUCCUCAACUAGUCUCCUGAUCACGUCUUUGGACGUGUUAAAAGUGUAGUGAUAGUAGAUUUCGUUUUUUGUUUGUUCAAGCGCUCCUUUUCUUCAUUCUUCGCUGCUUUCCUGUUUGCUCUUUUCGAUUCUCUAAGCAAUUCUCGCUCAUAGAAAUGGCUUUGCCCGUAUCUGCAAUUGGUUUUGAAGGUUUUGAAAAAAGGCUUGAAAUCUCAUUUUUUGAGCCGAGUGUCUUCAUUGAUCCUGAAGGGAAGGGACUUCGUUCACUUUCCAAAGUACAAUUGGACGAGAUUCUUCAACCUGCCGAGUGUACCAUUGUUUCUUCACUUUCAAAUGAAUAUGUUGAUUCAUUUGUCCUCUCUGAGUCGAGCCUUUUUGUUUAUCCUUAUAAGAUAAUCAUCAAGACCUGUGGGACAACAAAGUUGCUACGAUCAAUCCCACCUAUUUUGAAGUUGGCUGGCUCCCUCUCCCUUUCAGUACAAGCUGUGAGAUACACCCGUGGAAGCUUCAUUUUCCCUGGAGCUCAGUCUUAUCCCCAUCGCAACUUCUCGGAAGAAGUUGCUGUCCUAGAUAGCUAUUUUGGGGAACUUGGUUCAGGCGGCAAGGCUUAUGUUAUGGGCAGUUCCCAGAAACAACAAAAAUGGCAUGUUUAUUCAGCUUGUGCGGGAUCUAUUGAAACUAACCCUAUUUACACAUUGGAGAUGUGUAUGACUGGUUUGGACAGGGAGAUGGCUUCUGUUUUCUAUAAGAGCGACUCAAGCUCUGCAACGUCGAUGACCAAUACAUCUGGUAUAAGAAAAAUCCUCCCUAAGUCUGAUAUAUGUGAUUUUGAGUUUGAGCCUUGUGGUUAUUCCAUGAAUUCCAUUGAAGAAGCUGCAAUUUCUACUAUUCAUGUUACCCCAGAAGACGGGUUUAGUUAUGCAAGCUUUGAAGCGGCUGGGUAUGAUUUGAAUAAUGUGAAUCUGAGCAUGCUGAUUGAGAGGGUUUUAGCUUGCUUCCGUCCAAAGGAAUUUUCUGUUGCUGUGCACGCUGACUUUGGUGCCAUGUUACUUGAUGACAUUGACUCUCAACAUUUGAAGGGUUACUCUAUCAACGAGGAAUGCCAUGAAGAGCUGGGAUUUGGUGGUUCUAUUGUUUACCAGAAGUUUGUUCAGACUGCAUACUGCGGGUCGCCGAGGUCUAUUCUGAAAUGUUUUAGCAAUGAGGAAGAAGAAAAGGAGUAGCGUCUAAUAAUUUGUUUUAUGGGUUUGCUGUUAUUCUGUUUGCUUAGUGCUCAAUGUUACUUUGUCUGUCGUUUGGUCUUUGAACUUCUGUUGUGUGUUAAAUGUCAUUUGACAUCUUAUCUUAAUAUUAAUGUUGCUGAAUAAAUUGUGAACUGUUUUGUUGGUAUU